AUGCACAACGGCGUAAUCCCCCACUUCACCCAGAUCCGGCGCGCCAUGUGCGCCGAGAUGAGCGACGCCGCAUUCGCCAGCAUCAACGGGUCGACGGACAGCGAGCACAUCGCCGCGCUCUACAUGACGCACCUCACCCUCUCCGUCCCAACCUCCUCCCUCCCGUUCGAGAAAUCCUAUCCCCUCCCCGCCAUGUCCGCUGCCCUGCACAAGACCGUCGCCACGAUAAUCCGCCUACAGAAAACCUUCGUACCAGAGGCAAAACGCCUCCCCAACUCCCUCAACCUCUGCACCACCGACGGUACUUCCCUGCUCGCGUAUCGCUUCCGCAACCACGCCGUCUCCCAACCGCCUAAACUUUACUACUCGACUAAAGCUGGGACGACGUUGAAUAGGAAAUAUCCUGGGGAUAGCGAGGGGAAGGUGAUUGAAGGUGUGACGGACACGGGGAUAGAUCCGGAGAGGCAUGGAAGGCAUGUGAUUGUGGCGAGUGAGCCGAGCACUGCGCAGAGGGGGGAUUGGGAGUUGGUUGGUCGGAAUGAGUGGAUUAGUGUGGAUGGGGAGGGGCGAGUGGGGAAGGGGGGGAUUGAGGUGGGGGAGGGGUGGGACGCUGGCGGUAUACCCUAG